AUGUCACUUCGACUCACCUCGGCUCCAGUCUCCGGUAUCAAGAAGCGCAAGUCCUCAGCCCAGACACGCCCCCGCGCGUCCAUCUUCGCGAACCAUGCCCGCAGCAAGCCUUCCGUUCGACCUUCGACAUCGGGUGGAGUGAGGAGUAAGACCGACGAACUCGAGGUCGAAAACUACAGCCCACUCCAAGACCUCGGCCUGUCGCGUCAUAUUCCUGAAUCUACACCGGUUGAUAAUGUCCUCGCCGCGAUGAAGCAUAUCAAGGACAAUAUGUUCGAGGAGCUCCCUGCGCGCUCUGGCAUGAAUAGUGUGCGGAUUGCGCAGGUGCUGAAUUUCAGACGGUCGUUGCCGCCUCUCGUUUCUGUUGCGCAUGUGCAUACGAUUCUGGAUGCGCCGACGAAGGUUGAGAGGGAGAUUAUGGAGUUGGCUACGGCAGGGACGAUAAGGCGCUUGAUUGUGCCAGGGAGGGGAAAUGAUGCGGCGGGGCUGGGUGAUUGCUUGGUUUUGAAGGAGGAUUGGGAGAGAUUGGUUUCCGAAAAGAAAUUCCUCACCGUGCUCAGUCGUAUCGGAAAUACGUGCGCUAUAUCCGGAACGGCAUUUUCGAGCGCAGAAUAUACAGCCUUAGUCCGGGCUGGGUUUAUAGUCGCAUCCUCGUCACUCGCAAAGGGCACAUCUAGUGUUCCGUCCCUGCCGAAUCUACCCCGCACGGCCCCAACAGUACCUGCUAGUCGAAGUGGCUCAGGCGCCCACGCAAGCGAUAUGGUUUCGACAUCCCAAACGCAAUUCCACACCGCGACCCUAUAUCUCUCCCUCCCGAACACUGGCCCGUACCUGAAGCUCCUAGGGGGAGGGAGAGACCAUCUCAUCGCACUCCUCAAGAAGUCGCCGUCUGGAGAGGCGCCUCUUACACUUCUUCGAGACCGGUGGGAUGGUGCAGUCGAAUCAGAGCGGAGUUUUGACGUGGCAAAGCGGGCGAGGGGUGAGUUUGCGGGAGUUUUACCGGGGAAGACAAAGAAGUGGAAAGAAUUCUACGGGAUGAGUUUCCGGUGGGUGCUGGAGGAAGCGGUCGGGGCGGGGUUGGUUGAGAUUUUCAAUACGGGGAGUGUUGGGCCUGGAGUCCGGUGUUUAUGA